UGAGGAUGCUGAUGCUGAGAGCUGGUGUCAACUAGCUAGCAUUAGCUAAGCAGAUCCCUACGGAGCUCAAUGACCAUGGAUCAGAACUGCAAUGCUCCUUGCGCCCCAGGUGGCUUGAUUGUUCAGGUGUGUUUCCCUGGUGCUCGGGCAGCCGUAUUGGACAACUUGAAUCGCCAGCGAGAAGAGGGCAGGCUGUGUGACCUCUCCAUCCAGGUGCAAGGCCAAGUGUUCAGGGCACACCGUUGUGUGCUGGCUGCCUCUUCACCGUACUUUCAUGACCAGGUGCUACUAAAGAACGUUACUAAUGUCUCCUUACCCUCAGUUAUGGACCCAGUGGCAUUUGAAAGUGUCCUAAAUUCUGCUUACACGGGCCAGCUUAGCAUUGUGCAUGAAGACAUUGUCAACUAUGUCACCGUAGCAAGCUUCCUCCAGAUGUGGCACAUCGUGGACAAGUGCACUGAGAUCCUGAAAAGGCCUCGGCCCUCAGCAGAUUGUGCACUCAGCGAUGCCUCUAUGACUCACCCUGGCACAUCCUCUCGACAGCAGUCCCCCAGCAGCACCGACUGCAUAUACACAGAGAGGGAAGGAAGAAAAAAGGAGAGGAAGCCUGAUGCCCUGCCUCCCUUGGCCACAUGGAGAAGGCCGCAGCAGUUCCCUAGGUUGGGCCGUCUAAAGCCCUCAUCAGGCCAUCACUUAGCAGAUUCUCAACUGGACACUCUCCCUGGCUGUGGAGAGAGUGAUUACUCCAGCUGCGAAGAGGUGUGGCUGUCCAGCCAUGCCAAAGCCAGUCCAUUUGGUCAUGAUGGGCAUGGUCACAAUAGCAGGCAUCAUGGAGGGUUUCCUGGAGGUGAGGCAUUAAGACAGAGAGCCAGAUUUCAUCAGCGGGGAGCAACUCCAAGUUCAGAGAGACUUCUUGACAGGAAUAGAGAGAGUGCAGAGAGUGAUGAGACUCAAAACAAGAGGAGAAGUGAGAAGAGAGGGAUUGAAGCAGAUGAAGGAAUAGGAGUAGUGGUGGAGAAAAGGGAAGAAUCGCUGCAAACCCUACAGCCCGAUUUUCACACCAGCAUCAAUGAGACUGAAGAGUCUGGCCAGGCUGUAGGGAAAGUGAUAGCAGAGGAGACGAAGGAAAAACAGCAGAGAGAAAUAGGGAGAGGUGAUCUUUCCUCCAACACGACGGCACCCCAUCCGUGUGAAACCGAUGAAGGACUUCCCGGUCCCUCCUACCAUGCUCCCCUGUCUUCAUCUCGGACACAGUGGCAGACGAGUCUCUGGUCCCAGCAAGAACCAAGGCCACAAGACAGUGAGGAGGACAACAGCUACAGGAAGGAAGAGGAUGAAGAAGAUAAUGAGGGCGAUAUGGACUUGGGACGCUUCGCAGAGGAGACCUUCAGUGGGGACACCUACGAUGAGAUCGAAGACGGCACUGGUCAAGUUUCUCAGAGGCCCCUAGUGCCGACAUCACCAGAUGGUAGUGACCUUGCAAUGGCUAGCUCGGAGGUGAACUGGCCCUCCACUGACAUUGGACAGGGCAGUGCCCUAACCCCAACCUCCAGUCGUCACUUGUCCCCAUCCUCUGCCGUGUUCCUGCCUUCUUCUUCACCCCCUACCCCAUCUUCAUCAUCCUCACACUUGCUUGCAGGGGCCCCCUACACAGGCAAGGUGCAUUUCUGCCACUGUGGCAAAGCUUACACCCUUAAGAGCAUGCGUGAUCGGCAUGUGAAGAUGCAGCAUCUCAACCUCAGGCCUUUCGGCUGCCCUGUGUGUCCAAAGUCCUUCAAAAUGAAGCACCAUCUAACCAAGCACCUCAAGACCCAUGGAGGGCUAAGGCCCUACGAGUGCAACCUGUGUGGGAAGAAGGUCAUCUGGAGGGACAGCUUCUUGAGACACCAGGCCCGAUGCGAGAGACAGGCUGCCAGCUCCUCUGCCAACAGCAAUGCUGCAAUUGCAGCGGCGGCAGACAUUGAAGACAGCUACAACUAUGAGUUUAACGAAGAAGGUGCUUUCCUUGCUACAGGCGGGCAGGUGAAGGUGGAGGAGGUUGAUUUCAACGGGGAGAUGGGAGACGGGAUGGGUGGGCUACUGGGGAGCGUGUCUGGGAUUGUGGAUGAGCUAAGAAAUGAAUCGAGAAACCUGGACGGUCAAGUUUUUAAAGAGGAGGCAAAUGAGAGUUUCAUCUGAUACUUGUUUGAGCUUUUCAGCACCUAAAUUCUAUUAAGAAAGGUAUGAAUAAGAUUAUGAUCCAAGUAAUGAUUUUGAUAGUCUGCAGGCACAAUCAAUGCAUAUUUUGUGAGCAGUCAAACUAUUUUUGACAGAGCUUAUUUGUAUUCCCUUUACCAUGUGUUUUGAAUGUCAUGGGUGUUUAAAAAAAGAAAUGUGAAUUUGAACAUGAAGGUCCCAUGCGUCACGUGAAACCAACUUUCGAAAAGCUUUUGCAGUGUCAUGGACGUGACCAGAUUGAUAUUUACAUGAUCUCAAAGACUGUACAUCUAAAAGGAGCACUGUUGUGAAUGUACCUCCUGAGUCUAAUUAAGAUUUGCGUUUUGCACAUGAAUUAUUAAUUGAACCAUCAUCAUUAUCGGCAGUCACUCGGGGUCAAGUAUGACUGUCCUGAGGACGCCUGCGCGUGACAGCUUUUUUAUGUGGAGUGGCUAAUGCACCUGCAGCCACCACACGGUCCUUAGCAGGGGGUGGCCAGAGUCCAAUGGCACGGAGAACCAAGACGAUUGGGGACCACCCUCUGUUGCAACCUUCAUCCACCUUCACUGCUUCUGCCGGUUCCGCCGUUGAGGUCUUUGUUAGAUCGCACUUCGUCUGGAACCUCCCCCUUGACCUGUCCGCCUUGGGUGACCCUACCAGGAGCCAAGCUCCGGACGGCAUAGCUCUUGGGAUCAUUGGUACACGCAAGCUUCUCCACCAUGGCAAGGUGGCAAUCCUGGAGUAGGAACUAAUUGAACAGCACAUUCAUCUGCAUAAAGACAAAUACACGUGAUCCAGCGAGAUCUUUUAAGUAUUGAACUCUGGUUUACAUCACAUAAAUCCAGAGCAUUGAGGUGAAGAAAUCUUUAAAUUGUAAUAAAGGCAGUUGUGACUUCUCUGGGUUUUUUUCUUUCUUUUCUUUUUUUCUUUUUUGCAGGGAU